CGUCUUGAUCCUCAACAAAGCUGUCCAUCAUAUUGUUCAUCUUCAAAGUCAAUACCAAUACCCUCGCCUAAGCCCAAACAAACAAAACAAAGCAGCCAAGAUGAAGUACUCGUACACUGCCGCCGUCCUUGCUGGCAUGGUCUUGUCCGUGCAGGCCGCGACCGACCCUGGCGUCGCCCUCAUCGACAGCCAGUGCCAGAAGAUCUGCGAGACGUCAGAUAACGCGUGCCGCACCAUGCCCGGCGCCAAUAUUUCGACCUGCAACUCGGAGCUCGCGAGAUGCAAAACCGCCUGCCGGCCCGACACCAACUCGUCUGCGGCCGUCACCUCGCCCACCAAGGUCCCCGACGUCAGCACCACUCUCACCACCCAGACCACCGCUCCUACGUCGUCGUCGUCUGGUGGUGGCGACCAGUGCGUGACCAAGUGCCAGACGGCCGAGAACGAAUGCCGAGUCAAGCCCGGGGCCAACAUCUCGACGUGCGUCUCCGACUUUGAGGCAUGCAAGGCUGCUUGCUCGCCGAGCAGUUCCAUGAGCAGCAGCAGCAGUGCCGCCUCCAGCUCCGAGGCGGCCACGACCUCGACCGCCGCACCCACCAAGACGGCCUCUCCCACUACUGCCCAGACGGCCGCGCCAACAACCACGGGCUCGGCGUCUACGCCCCUCGUCACGGCGGGUAGCUCCAAGAUGUACCCUGCUGUGGGUCUGAUUUUCCUCUGCGGCGUGGCUGCUUUCUUGUAAUCAUAGAUGCGAGACGAGACGUGGUCCGCAGAUGGGGUGUUAUUGCCUAAUGGCCU